GCCGUCAUCGUCCGGCAGAAGCACAAGGCGUCGGCCUACUACCCCUCCUCCUUCCCCAAGAAGAAGUACGUGGACCAACGGGACAAGGUGGGGGGGACACGGGCUUUCAGCGAGGUCCCGGAGAAAGCCCCUGACCCCGGCGCCGAGGAGCCCCUCGACUGCAGCCAGCAGCUGCAGGCAGACAUCCUCGCCGCCGCCCAGAACCUCAAAUCCCCCCUCAAGGCGCCGCUGGCCAACGGGGGCCGGGGAGAGCAGAAACCCCCCGCUGAGGAGGAGGAAGGAAGCAAAAAGUUGGGCGAUGAGCAACCUGCCGAGCCCCCUCCCCAAAAUCCAGGCACCGAGGAAGCAGCGGCGGGUGCAGCGGAAGCGGGGGGCGAGG